CAAUAAAACAAUUUACCAUUAAAAUCACAAAAAUCAAUUAAGCACGAGAAAAUUUUAAAUUCCAAACCUCAUUUUGGUCAAUAAAACCUUGAUCAUAACAGAUUCUAGAGCUGCAGCGAAAAUACUAACAUCCCCAAGAAUCUCUUACAACAGAAGAAGAUGAUCUUUUCUCUUGAAUAACCUUAAUAGAAGGAGAAAGAUAAUUAAUUGAAGAGAAAUGAGAUCACCAUUUUGUUGGAGAACACUUUUUUUCUGCUUGUCUAGCAGAGAUUAAAUCUAGAAAUCAUUGAAUUUUGUUGAGAAGGUAGAUUUUUGCUUAUAAAAGUUGGGUUCUCAAUGGAGAUUUCGAGAGCCAAAAAAAAGAAGCGUUUAAAAGUUAGGUCUUUGUGUAACGGGUUGUAGGUUUGUCUUUUAUCUGAACAAUUGAGGCCGAUUUGUCUAUAGGGAGAGAAAAUCUGGACCGCUACUCCAGGCCAACUUGAGCCAAGUUUCUAGAGUCGAAAUUCAAUUGAUUUCUAGGAUUUGAAAGUUUGGCGUAAAAAACCAUGUCUGUGAUUUCUGCUCAUCAAACCCUAAACAUGAAACAAUCUAGUGUUUUACCACCAUCUACAUCAAUGACUCAGUUCUCUUCAAUGUUUCUUCUUCAAUUAAUUCUCUUUUCUACUAAAUUUACCUGAGAGAGAAAACUUAGGAAAAAUCAUCUUCUGUCGUAAGAGUUUCUUCUUCUUCAACGGUUGGUUUUUGUGAAAGUAUCAGCGAUUCCUGGGGAUGUUAGCAUUGCGUCCGGUGAAUCUGUCAUGAUCAAGAUGAGGAAAAAAAAAUGUCUGUAGUAGGAGUUUCUUCUUCUUCUUCCCCAGCUGGUUUUAGUGAAAGUAUCGGUGAGGCUCUUGGGGAUGUUAGUAUUUUCACUGCAGCUGGUGAAUCUGUUGUGAUCAAGGAUCUAUGGGAUCAAGAAGAGGGUGUGGCUGUCGUUGCACUUCUAAGGCAUUUUGGGUGCAUUUGUUGCUGGGAACUUGCUUCAAAACUGAAAGAGUCAAAGUCGAGGUUUGAUUCUGCUGGCGUGAAACUAAUUGCUGUUGGUGUUGGUACACCUGGAAAAGCACGUAUUCUUGCGGAGCGGUUGCCGUUUCCUAUGGAUUCCCUUUAUGCAGACCCUGAUCGCAAGGCAUAUGAUGUUUUGGGAUUACAUUAUGGUUUUGGCCGCAUUUUCAACCGAGCCAGUGCUAGCUUUUUCUUGAAAUUCGGGGCACUGAAAAAAGUUUGGAAGAAUUACACCAUCAAGGCGAUUCCAGAUGAUAAGAGUAGCAUAUUGCAACAGGGAGGAAUUUUCAUCUUCAGAGGAAAACAGUUGUUAUAUGCAAGGAAAGACAAAGGAAUCAGUGAUCAUGCUCCUUUGGACGAAAUUCUCAAUAUAUGCUGCACUCCCGUUGCUUAAAUCUUACUUCCACACGCAUGCUUCAAUCUUGUAAUGAAUUGAAUGCAGGUUAGUAGGUACCGUUUCUGUAAUCUGGUACAGUUUGAGAUCCUGGUGUUUAGGAAUGUGAAUUAUAAAAGACCAUUGUAAUAUUUACACAGGAGAAAAUGUACAAAUGUGCAAAACUUGAAAUGUAAUUAUGUGUGAAUAAAAUUGAUUUCAUAUG